AUGGUCAACUGCUGGACUCUAGGUGCUGAGGGCGUCUCGGCUGAGCUAGAGGAUGCAUCGUCGCGGCACAUGCCACAACGUCGUCAAAGACGCCUUUUUAAGACCUCAUGUAUUCCACGCGACAACAGCAUAGGUAUCCAUUCGCAGAAUGUCGCAGGAUUUCCCAAGAAUCCGGAACAUUGCGCAACUUGGUUCAGCCACUUCCGACAGAGCGAAGCCAGGGGAAUCAUCGAUUUGGUCCUUUUACAGGAAACGCGGGUCACUUUAGGUGAGGCAGCUCCUCUGGACAAGCUUUACAACUCCUCCUGGGGAUUCGUGCACAAACUCGGACGCUCGUUGUGGACCGAGUCCGAGUUCUCUCGUGGAGGUGUGGCUAUUUUAUUAAACCCAUACUCAACAAUUACGGAAAUGGUUCCGUGGUAUGAGGAUCAAUGGACACAGCAUUGGAUGGCUGUCCGGGUCUGUCUAAUGGGCGAAACAGUUCUUGUUGUAAACGUUAACGCCCCAAGUACCAAGACUGAAAGAGAGGCGCUGUUCUCGAGCCUUCUACUUAUUCUUCAGGGAUACGAAGGACCUAUGUUUGUUGGAGGGGACUUCAACUGUACUUUGGAGCCGCGACUUGACCGUUCUUUUGUCUCGCCGCCAGGAAGACAUGAUUCCUUGGCGCUUCGGCGGCUUCUCGGCCGAGUGCAGCUUAGCGAUGUUCUUGAUGGUGAUCUGGAGAUGGCCGAAGAAGAAAGAGAUGUACCGGCGUUUCAUGCGGCCUCUCACACUUAUUUCUACACUCUUCCGGGCGGUGGAUUGGCUAGUUCCCGACUGGAUCGGUGGUAUGUGAGCUCUCGCCAUGCUGAUUGGAUUCGUGGCGUUGCUUUGUCAGUUCCUGGUCCAGCAGCUGACCACAAUGGCAUCAGUAUCAGGAUUGGAGUGCCGCGUUAUGUGGUCCGUGUACGUAAGCCGAGGCACGUGUACCCUGUUCCAGGUUGUGCAAACACAGCCGCGCAUAAAGCAAUUGUUGCGGCCAUUAAGCUGGCACAGCUUAAAGCGGACGAGACUCUUUCUGUUCCGCCGUCGGACUACAUCACAGCCCGUAGAUUGGCCGACUGGUGGGAUGAAUGGAAGAUCAGGCUUCACAAAGUUCUUUUUUUUUGGCGACGACCAAGACCGCGCGUCAAGGUAUGA